GUCCAGCCUUUUCCACAGCCACAUGGUGGCAGACAAAUCCAGAAAGGGAUCAGUCAUUCAAGAAAUGGCAUGCUGAAGUGCCACGGGGCCAUGGAAGAUCUCCGGACACCGGAUCAGACACAGCUGCCCCCCGGCUGCUAUUUUCACUCAGCUUAAAGCACCAUUGGCAGCCAGCAUCUAUGCCAUGGACUACCCACAACAACCACUCUUACUCUGCACACCAUGAAGUCCACCAGAGACGAGCAUGGGCUUGCUCAUGCACAUCCCUCACACGACACCCAGAGCUUGUCCUCUGACCCCGAUGAGCUUGACAGUGGCAGCGACAGCUCAGAGAAAUCCACUGGUGCUGGGAGCCCCGUUCGGGGCCACAGGGAAGGGGGGAGGCGACGUGUGGGCCACAGACUAGCAGGUAUGAGCAAACAGCGGCAGGCAGCUAAUGCUCGGGAGCGAGACCGAACGCUCAGCGUCAACACCGCCUUCACGGCUCUACGCACCCUCAUACCCACGGAACCGGCCGACAGAAAGCUGUCAAAAAUUGAGACUCUGCGUUUGGCGUCAAGCUACAUUUCGCACCUGGCAAAUGUGCUUCUACUAGGAGAGGACUGCAGGGACGGGCAACCCUGCUUGAAAUAUCACAACAUCUUACAAAACAACAACAACCUCAAAACCCCAGUCAAACCCAUCUGCACUUUCUGCUUGAGUAACCAAAGGAAACUGCUAAGAGAUGGGGAAAAGCACACAACUGCGUGACAGCAAGGGUUAUCCAACUGACUGCUGCUACGUCCGAGCUUCCAAAUGUUUACAUGUAAAGAGACAUCAUCGCCUUGCACAAAGACAAGAUAUUCUGCUGUAUAUGUUUUUUUGUCCUAAAAGGACAGAGAACAAACACCAGUGAGAAGAAUCUACAAAUACUGCACUUUUUUGCGUUUACUAUGUGUGUUGCAUAUGCAUGUGUCCACCUUGUUUUGGUUAAUGUAACCGGAGAAUUAUGUGUAAAGUUGCACCUGGUGGGAGGCUAUUUCAGUAUCAGAUAUAGGCUGUGUCUCGUUUGGAAGGAUACGUCAUCGAGACUGUCUCGUUUCAGAAAAGCGAGUAGGACACUUCGAAUGCAGCGUUCGAAUGCGAUCUCUUCCAGGGAAUUCUGAGGAUGCAUGAGGUGUAUCCUUCGUGGGCACUCACAACCCACAAUUCUUUGCUUCAACGGAAAUGUCUAAAAAAAAUAUAUAUAUAACUCCAAUUUGCCCGUAAAUAUGAUGUUCGAACUUAAGUAAUGUUAAUUCCCAAGUUGAAGUACCUCAGUAGAUGGGUGCAGAGUAUAUAUGUAUAAUUAUAUUAAUAUAUAAAGUAUUAGACUAAAAGUACACCUGUAAAAUCUAUUUUCUUUUCUCUUUACAUCAUUAUAAAUCUCCUAAAAUUUACCUCAUACAUUCCCUUCCAAAGAGAAUGUUACCCUCACUCAAAGCGCUCGCGCUUGUUAAAGAGUGACGUGCUGUCAUAGCAACCAAGUUACGUUCCGUUUUCCUUUUGUCAAAGGCCGUCUCGUUUAAACAAGGACACUCGGUAUACUGCAGCCUUCAAAGGACGCGUCCUACCUAGCACGCAGCCUUCGAAACGAGACACAACCACAUCCCUUGCCGAGUGUCUCUCGCACGUCACAUGUGCAAAAUCAAAUUCUAGUGCAAAUAUCAUGCAUUAAUUGUACUUGAAUUACUGAAUCACAAUACUAUUGCCAGUAAUUUGUCAAUAUUUGGACACAUUUGUCAGACACCUCCCUGGUCAAAAAUUAUUUCUAAAAGUAAUAUGGCCUACCUCUAAAACUUUUUAAAUGCAGAAUACCAUCAUUUUGUAAUACUUGAACAUUGCCUUUUCCAAGUGGUCUUUUGCACAUGCCAAACAUCAAACAAGCUGCUAUUUAAUGAUCAAGUAUUUUUGUUAAAAAAAAAAAAAAAAAAAAAAAAA